AUGGACAUGAUUGACGAAGAGAUAACUCAUGAGAACAAUCAUGAAGUUUGUACCGAUUUUCUAUCAGAAAGUUUUAAUUCUACGUCGGAGGAAGCUCUGAGAACUGCUAAUAGUAACAUAAAUACAAAUACAAUAAGAAAUCCACUUACAUUAACGCAGAGACAAGAUUCUGUGCAAGAAGAACUCUCUAUUUCUGAAAAUGCAAUUGGUACAGAUACUCUAAUCGACGUCAACACUGUAGAAUUCACAAUUGAUGUCGACACUGAACUUACUACAAAUAGUCCGGUAACAAGUGACACGCACAAUCAAAAUACAAACAACAUUCCCAAUUUAUCACGAUUUGAUAAUGAUGAAUUUGAUGACGAAUCCAUUUAUAACAUCCCAGAUGACGACUAUGGAUAUUGGUACGAAGGUCAGGAAACUAUUGCAGAAAGUGACGUCCCGUAUCAUAAAGUUGAUAGACUUUCUCUGGAAAGGGGCAAAGAAAAUGAAGGAGUAAGGUCUGAUCAUAGAUGCACUAUUUGCCUUGAUGCUGUAUCGAAUCAAGUUUUUAUACCGUGCGGUCACAUUUGUUGUUGUGAAGAUUGUGCUAAUUAUAUUAUGGGAGAGAGCAAUAAUGUUAAGAAAUGUCCAAUCUGCAAAGCAGAAAUUUCAUCUAUCUACAAAGUAUAUACAGCAUAA